UUAAUGGUGUAAAUACCACCAUCUGGCGUUAGUUAAAGAAACGCUAACAUAUAAAUACCGCAACAUAUUAGUAUACCGACAAACUGCUUUUACAUUUGUCAGUAAAGUUUGAUUUCAACAAUACACGAUGAUCACAGUUUUACUUUUGGCGGUAUCGUUAGUAGUCCAGACGACAUGGUGUGCGCCCAAGGACUUCAGCGCUGCUUUGGGCAAGUCGAUUUUGUUCUACGACGCCCAAAGGUCAGGCAAACUUCCCACUAACAACCCAAUUAAAUGGAGGGGAGAUUCCGCUCUCCGUGACUGUGUGGUGGGGGGCUGGUACGACGCUGGGGACCACGUCAAGUUUGGGCUCCCCAUGGCGUCGUCGUCAACACUCUUACUGUGGUCUAUGAUCAGGUUCAAGGACGGUUACGUCAAGGCCGGUCAGCUGACCCAGGCCUACGACAUGAUCAAGUGGCCACUGGACUAUUUCCUCAAGGCCUGGAACCCAACGACCAAGCAGCUGGUCGUACAGGUGGGGGACGGUAACGCUGACCACGCCUUCUGGGGACGUCCUGAAGAUAUGACCAUGGCGAGACCUUGUCAGAGUGUCAGUGCGUCCAACAAGGGAAGUGACAUAGCAGCUGAGACAGCCGCAGCUCUGGCAGCUGGAUCUAUUGUGUUUAAAGCCAAAGGUGAUACAGCCUACAGUACCCAGCUCCUUACAGCAGCUCAAAGUCUUUAUGCUUUUGCUAAGGCCAACAGGGGAGUAUUCCGGGGGUCCGCCCAGUUCUACUCGUCCAGUGGGGACAAGGACGAAAUGUGUGAGGCCAGCGCCUGGCUGUACCGGGCCACCAAGAACGCCAAUUACCUGAACGACGCCAAGACCUUUGUGGAGGGCACCUGGGCAUGGGCCCUGGGCUGGGACGACAAAAGAGUCGCCUGCCAGCUCAUACUCUAUGAGGAGACAAAGAGCACCGUCUACAAGGACGCCGUGGUUGGUUUCCUGGAGAGUUGGAUGCCCGGCGGUGGAAUCACAUACACUCCGUGUGGGUUGGCGUGGAGAGACAAAUGGGGAGCCAACAGGUAUGCCGGGAACACCGCCUUUGUUGCACUGUUGGCUUCAGAGGCCGGGAUCAACCCCGCUAAAUACCGGAAGUGGGCUGUCGAACAGAUCAAUUACCUCCUCGGUGACAACCACCACGACGGUGGAUGUUACAGUUUCCAGAUUGGAUAUGGAUCAAAGUAUCCACGUCAGCCUCACCACAGGGGCGCGUCCUGCCCUAAUCGUCCCUCACCAUGUGGUCAAGCACAACUGACCGCUACUGGACCAAGCCCUCAGAUAUUGGUCGGCGCUCUUGUGGGAGGACCUGAAGCGAAUGAUAACUACCGCGAUGUGAGAACGGAUUAUGUGUUGAACGAGGUAGCAACAGAUUAUAACUCUGGUUUCCAAGGAGCUCUUGCAGGAAUCGUCCAUCUUCAAGCAAUCAACAGCUUACCCGCCACAAAUAACAAAUGCCCAUGUACUACUACUGGCAGAUAAAAAAACAUUAUUUGUCAAUUCGUUCUUUGAAAAUAAAAUACCAAAUGGUUCUUUGAAUUAUUUCAUAACCAUA